UAAUUGCUUAUGGCCAUGGCUCAUCCGGACCGUGAAACACAAAUUGGAGAAGAUAGUGUCUUCUUUAUGGUGCUUAUGCCAUCAAUAGUUUCUCCUUGGUUGGACCAGAAAACAAAGAUGGCUAUGAAGGUACAGAGUAAUAGCUUCCACAUUCAGCAUGAUAGUUUCUCUGAAGUAGAACACUUAAAUGGAAAACUGCUAGAAGGAAACACGGUUGCAAGAGUUACUGGGGAUAAAAAUGAUGUUCAUCCAUAUCGUGGUUAUAGCUUUACUCGUGCACUAACUGAUGGAAAAGAGGAUUUAGGUUCUCUUAGAUUGAGCUUUUGAUGAAACUCAUUUUCAGUAAAAGCAUUGCAACAUGAACUUGUAUAGAGGGCUGCUUUAUUUAAAGGGACCAAGACCAACACUGAGGUUGUAGUGGUA